CACAAUCGCCGCGCUAGAUGGAGACGGAACCACUGCGGCGGCACUGGCGGGGAGCGCGGGCGGGAGCGGCCCGGGCGGCGGGAGGCGGGCGAGGCUCACGUCUGUUUUCCUUUUUCGUGCAUUAUUUAUCUCUCCUCCCGCGGCCCUGCGCCCGGGCGGCGCUCCCGGCGGCGGCUCCCGCGGCUCCUCCCGCGGGCGGGCGAGGCGGACCCGGAGAGCCCCGCACCCCGCGCCCCGCGCAGCCCGGCGGUGCCCCGGAGCGGAGGGCGGGGACCCGGGGAGGGCGCCCGGUCCCGGUCCGGGUCCGGGUCCCGGGGGCCUGGAGGACACUUUCCCCGCCCUCGCCUCCGCCCUGGCGGCCCGCUCGGCCCAGGACGCCGGGGGCCGCGCCUCCGGCCCUGCGCGCUGCCGGCCGCAGCGGGGAGCCGCCCGGAGCCCAGCGCGGGCCCCGGAGGCCCAGCCGCGCGCAAACUUUUGCUCCGGCGCCGGCGCUCCUCCCGGCACGCGAAGCCCCGGCGCCCGCGCAGCCGCCGGUUCGCCCCAGAGAGAGCGGGUGCCGCGGGCCGAGAUGCUGCUCCGGGACCUGGCGCUGCGCCGCGGCGGCUGCUGGCCCUCCCUGCUGCUGCACUGCGCGCUCCACCCGCUCUGGGGCCUCGUGCAGGUGACACAGGGCGAGCCCCAGAGGUCCUGCUCCAAGGUGACGGACAGCUGCCAACACAUCUGCCAGUGCCGGCCCCCGCCCCUGCUGCCCCCGCCACCCCCGCCCCCACCGCCUCCCAGGCUCCUCUCCGCCCCAGCUCCCAGCUCCACCGCUUGCCCGGCCGAGGAGAGCUGGUGGUCCGGGCUGGUGAUCGUCAUCGCCGUGGGCUGUGCCUCCCUGCUGUUCCUCACUGUGCUGGUGGUCAUUUGUUACAAAGCCUUCAAGCGGAAACCCCUGAGGAAGGAGGAGAACGGCACCAGCGUGGCAGAGUACCCCAUGACGCCCUCGCAGAGCAGCAAGGCCGUGGACGCGAACAACGCCGUGGUGUGAGUGGCCGGACCCGCGGGCCCGAGGGCGCCUCGCCUCGGUGGCCCUGGUGGACGUGAGCCGACCCCGCGCGUGUCCGGGACCGACUGCAUUGCCUUGCCCGCCUCGAGCCUCUCAGAGGGGAAAGCAUCCUCUUCCAGCCAUGCCCCUGGGCCCCCCAGGCUCCCCGCACCCUCCUCUUGUGUUCCAGCCGCUGUCUCCCAGCUCCCGUUGAACGCACGCGCUCUGUCGAAGGCAGAGGGUCUGUCUGUCUGUCCGCUGCGUCGGGGGAGGCGUCCCCCUUUAGCCCAAAGAAAGGCAAUCCAGGGGCCAUGUCCCCGCCAGGAAACCCCGCCUCGCCCUCCCGGAAGCCCGCCCGCUGCUCCGGUGACUGUGCCCUUCCCCACAGAAGCCAUCGGCACAGCCGGGAGCCGUCCCCUCUCUAAGGUGCUUCCCACACACCUGUCUGCCGCCCCCCCUGCCGUCGUCUUCAGUCUGUAGGGCCUGCCUUCCCUCCGGUCUCCGCCCGCACCCUGGGCGCCGGGUCCUGCCUGACUGCCCGGUCCCUGCCACGGAGGGCGGCGCCCGGCCUGCAGAGUCCCCUCCCUGGGAACGGAUGCACCCCUGGGGGCCAGGCCCUGCCUCCCCAUGGCAGGGGCCGCCUCCGUGCCAAACCCACCGCAGGUGUCCGGGCUGGGCCGAGCGGCCUGGCUCCGGGUCUCCCCGAUGCUUCCUCCCUGCAGCCCCUACCGGCCGGGGACUCGGACCCUCUCCUGAGAGCCCGGGCCUCCCCGCACCCAGGAGAGGGCGUGCCUGCAGGGGCUCCCCUGAGUGUCCCUUUCCGAGGCCUCAGGCUCUGAAAGUGCCGCGCCCUCCGCAGCGGUCGGGGGCUGAAGGGGAGGAAAAAGGGUGACAGGUGAGGGACCCUGCAGGCCUGUUGCCCAGGAGGCCACCCAGCCCUGCGGGCCCAUCACGAGGCCUGGAGACAGUGGCCCUGAGGGUGUGCAUCCCCUGGUGGGUCCGGAGGGCGCCCCUGACCCUGGUCCCACACCCUGGCUAGGGAGAAACCAGACGCAGUAAAUGGCCCCGCGGUCUGGACUCAGGUGGACCCAGGUGGACUCAGUCUGCCUCCCAACCCACCCGUGGCUCCGCGGAGGGUUUGGGGCUGCGGGCGAGACCUUCACAUGGAGGUGAGACGGACAGACUG